AAAGAAGAAGAAAGAGUUUAGUUCUUGAUUGAAGAAGAAUUUGGAAAAUGACAAGUAUGGGUUAUGGGGGCACGACUCAGAAAUGCCAAGGAUGCGAGAAGACGGUGUAUUUGGUGGAUCAGCUCACCGCUGACAACAGAGUCUAUCACAAGUCCUGCUUCCGUUGUCAUCACUGCAGAGGAACCCUCAAGCUCAGCAACUAUAGCUCCUUUGAGGGUGUCCUCUACUGCAAACCUCACUAUGAUCAACUCGUUAAGAUGACUGGCAGAUUGGAUAAAAGUUUUGAAGGUGCUCCAAGAUCUACCAAGGUAGACAGAUCAAACAAUCAUGAGAGUUAUGCUAGCAGAAGAUUUUCAAGUAUGUUUGUUGGGACACAAGAAAGAUGCAUUCUUUGCAAGAAAACCGUGUACCCUAUAGAGAAGGUAACAAUUGAUGGCAGUUCAUACCACAAAUCAUGCUUCAAGUGUGUUCAUGGAGGGUGCACGAUCAGCCCAUCUAACUUUGUUGCGCACGAGGGCAAGCUUUACUGCAAGCACCACCAUUCUCAGCUCUUCAUGGCCAAGGGAGAUUUCAGCCAGCUCGGCGACAGAUACCAAGAUCACGCGAAGUCGCUCUCUGAGAACCAUGUGGACGCCAACGGUGUAGAGGAAAGUGCUUGAUCCUCCGCUUCUUUCGGGAUUGCGCGGGCUUUGAUGUUCCUGUUUUAGGAAGAGGUUUUCCUCGGUUCAUUCUUUUGAGUUGUGAUUGUUCGAAUAAAAAUAAAAGGGUUGCGAUAGGAUUUUGUGAGCUCCCAGUUGUGGACAAGAUUCUGUGAUUCGACACAUUGGAAGUAAGUUUGUGGCUAAUACGCACUAGAGGUAUUUGUACAAUGCAGUAGCCUGUCCAAAAAACAAAAAAAAAUGUCUGUUAUAUAUUGAGAGGGAUUUUUCUUAA